AAAAAAAAAAAAGAAAUGAUAAAAUUUUUUCUUAUGGUAAACAAACAAGGUCAAACAAGGCUCUCUAGGUAUUAUGAGCAUGUAGAAAUUAAUAAAAGGACAAUACUGGAAGCUGAAGUAAUCAAAAACUGUCUCUCCCGUUCAAAGGAUCAGUGCUCUUUCAUUGAGUACAAGGACUUCAGGCUGGUGUACCGACAGUAUGCAGCCCUUUUUGUAGUUGUUGGAAUCAAUGAGACAGAGAAUGAGAUGGCAGUAUAUGAACUAAUACAUAAUUUUGUGGAAGUUUUGGACAAAUACUUCAGCAGAGUGAGUGAAUUGGAUAUCAUGUUCAAUUUGGACAGAGUGCACAUCAUUUUGGAUGAAAUGGUGCUAAAUGGUUGUAUCGUGGAAACAAACGUGAACAGAAUUCUUGCCCCCCUGCUUGUGCUUGACAAAGUAGCAGAAAGCUAGGAAGGUGCAAGACUGACUAAAGCAUUUUACGGAAGAUGGUGAAACUAUCAAAAGCGUUUUUCCUAUGCCACAGGACUAACUCAUCCAAUACUCAAAUUAGCUGGAAAACAUUCCCUGUUUCUCCUGUACCCUUUGUACAGAAAGGUAACAGCUAAACAUGAAGUGGAACCUUAAAUUUCAGCUGCAGCUUUACUGACCCAGCAGAAAUCUUUCUAAAACAGUCAACAUGUAAAAAAACUGAUUGAGGAUAAAGUCAUGGAAACCUACACAUGACUGUCUAGGGAUUACUCUGAAUGAUGUAGCAUUCUGCCAGACCUAUGAGAAGACAAAACAUGGAAAUACAAAUUCAGUGCUUCCUUAAAGCACCAACUCAAUUGUUUACUUUUCAUACAAAUGUAAAUUGAAGUUCUGCAACUUUUAUGGCCACUUCAUCCUUCAUCAAAACCCCACUUUCACUCCCUUUUCCAUGGAAGUUAUGGUGACAAAAGAAAUGUAAAUAACAGAAGUACAGAUGUAUUUAGUAUUCCUGUAUCCCAUAUAAGUUGUAACUACAAG